AUGGUAAUGGACUCUAUCAUUCAUGACAGCCAAACUGCGUUUAUGACUGGGAGAAGCAUUCACGAUAACAUCCUGAUGACACAUGAACUCAUUAGAGGUUACAACAGGAAACACAUAUCACCGAGAUGUACCAUUCAGAUUGACUUACAAAAAGCAUAUGAUACGGUUUGCUGGGAUGCACUGGAAACUAUUAUGGCUGAGUUAAGCUUCCCAAACCAAUUCAUUGAAUGGAUAAUGCUAGCAGUUAGGUCUGUAUCAUACAGAUACUUGGUAAAUGGUCAAGUCAGUGAUAUCCUAAAAGCUAAAAGGGGCCUGAGACAGGGGGACCCUGUGUCUCCACUUUUAUUUGUUCUGGUCAUGGAAUAUUUACACAGGUGCAUGAUGGAGCUUAAGGAGAACAAGGACUUCAAAUACCAUCCUAGGUGUGCAAAACUGAACAUUACUAAUAUCUGUUUUGCUGACGAUCUGAUGCUUUUUGCCAGGGGUGAUGUUCUCUCUGUGAAGACUAUGAUGUGUACAUUCAAUAAAUUUUCAGAGGAAACAGGUUUGAAGGCUAACCCGGACAAAUGUAAGGUGUUUUUUGGAGGGACUGAUUAUGAUAUUCAACAUGCUAUAAGAGUAGCCACGGGAUGUGUGGAGGGGACUCUGCCUAUAAGAUACUUGGGAGUACCUCUCACUAGUAGGAAACUGUCUGUUAUUCAAUGUCAGCCUCUCAUUGAUAAAAUGGUGGAGAGAAUCCAACACUGGUCGGUAAAAUUCCUGAGUUAUGCGGGUAGACAACAACUGGUCCAAAGCGUACUCAUGUCAAUCUCGAGUUAUUGGAUGAGUGUGUUCCCAUUACCUAAGAAAAUAAUUCAGAAAAUUGAAGCUUUGUGUCGCAAUUUUCUGUGGUCCGCGAAAACUGAUGGGAGGAAAGCGUUGGUAGCAUGGGAGCAUCUUUGCGAACCGAGAAAUGCAGGGGGCUUGAAUUUCAAAAAGCUGCUCUUUUGGAACAGGGCUACUAUUAUGAAACUGCUAUGGAACAUCCAUAAUAAGAAUGAUAAACUGUGGAUCCGUUGGCUGGACAUAUAUUUUAUGAAAGGUAACCCAAUCCUCACUUGGCCGGUUAAGCAUACUAGCUCCUGGAUGAUGAAUUGUGUACUAAAGUGUCGUAUAUAUACUCAUAACAAUGAGGCAUGGGAGUCGGCCAAUACCAUGAAAAGAUUCGAUACUGCAACAGUAUAUAGAAGUAUUUGUGGAGAGAGCAACAAGGUUCCUUGGAAACAUUUAUUUUAUCAAAACCAUGCGAGGCCACGAGCAAAGUUCAUUCUAUGGCUGGCUUUAUGGGGGAGAUUAGGCACCAAAGACAGGCUGGAAAAAAUAGGGAUCAAUCAUGAUAAACAUUGCUGUUUUUGCCUUCAGCAUGAGACCAUAAAUCAUCUUUUCUUUGAUUGUGCAUUUACAGGUUUUGUGUGGCGUAAUUUGUUGAGUUGGAAUGGAUAUUUGCGCCAGGUUGCGGACUGGGACAAGGAGAAAAAAUGGUUGUUUGCUGAGUUAGGAAAGAAGGGUUGGCGGCGUGAAUUCUUACGAGUCACGUUGACGGAAACGGUCUACCAUAUUUGGAAGGACAGAAAUGAGAUCCUUUUUAAGGAUAGGAGCCCAAACCUUGAUGUUAUUAGAAGAAUCAUUGAUAGUGUCAUAAGUAGAUGUCUACUAGCAAGAAAUUUGCAGAAUCAUAUUAAUGCUAGUAGAGAUAGUAUAAGCUAG